AUGCAUGCAGGUGCUACAUCUGGAGCUAUUGUUAGCGUUCUUGUCAGUCCAUUAGAUGUAAUUAAAACUCGUAUACAAGUAAAACGUUUACCAAAAAAUGUUCGCGAUAAACCGUUGUAUAUCACAAUGUAUGAUUUAUAUAAAGUUGAAGGCGGUAAAGCAUUUUACAAGGGCUUGGGUACAACGAUGAUGGGCUACAUACCAAACUGGGCCAUAUUCUUCUGCUCUUAUCAAUGGGCAAAGCCAAAAUAUUCUCAAAUUCGUUUUUUACAGAAAAAUGAUGUAUUAAUUAAUUGUUUAAGUUCAAUAACGGCUGGUGCGGUUUGUAAUAUAGUGACAGCGCCAUUGUGGACAAUUCGAACGCGAAUGAUGACUCAAAUUAACCAUCAAGAUUACAAAAAUUCAUUUGAUUGUAUGAAAAAAAUCUAUACAAAUGAAGGUAUCUAUUCACUGUAUCGUGGUGUUGUGCCAAGUAUGUGGGGACUCAUUCAUGUUGGAAUUCAGUUUCCUCUGUACGAAUAUCUGAAAACAAAAUCGGCACAAAUGAAUAAGAAAGAUCAUACUGAUCAUUUAUCAACGGGGCAAUUGAUGUUUGCAUCGUCUAUGUCAAAAGUACUGGCAUCAAUAGUAGCUUAUCCUCAUGAAAUUGUCAGAAGUCGAUUGCAAGAUGCAGGACAUGCCAAGAAAAUUCAAGAUAAACAGCAUCAAACACAAGAAUUUAAAGAAUAUAAAAAUGUUCGAGACGCUGUAUCAACAAUAUUUAGAGACGAGGGUUUAAGAGGAUUCUUCAGAGGACUAUUACCCAAUUUGUUAAAGACAGUACCAGCUGCUGUGUUGACCCUGUUAUCAUAUGAGAAAGUGAAGGAAUUAUUAACUGUAAGCGCUGAAUCUGAAACAAAAGAGCGAAAAACGAACGUCCACCGAGAUUAA